UGAUAUCGAGUGGUUUUAGAGGUUAGUUGCAAAGCUUUUGUCUUUGUACCAGGCCAGCCAAGAUGGCCUGUUUAUGGAGAAGUCAAAUAACGUACGUCUUGGUACUAUCAACAUUUGCGAUGUUGAUAAUAGAAAUUAACGGAUUAUUUCUACCAAAAAGGAUCGCCCCAUAUAAUACGAAAGAAAAAGUCCUCUUAGAUCCACAAAAAAGACCGUUCUGCAAUGCAUUUACAGGUUGUGGGCGAAAACGAUCCAACCUUCCUGCCAUCACCCCGGAAGGCGACGAAGUGGAGGACUCAAUCAACAGCCUGCUGGAAUUAAGCGAAGAACCGGCAGUGGAGGACCUCUCUCGGCAGAUCAUGUCGGAAGCGAAGCUGUGGGAAGCUAUCCAGGAAGCCAACUUGGAACUGAACAGACGCAAACAGCAACAGUCCCGGGACAAUGCGGAAGAUGACGCUCCGAUCGCCGCUAGAAGCGCCACGGCCAACUGCGCCCUACCGCCCUGUUAUAUUUAAAAAAUCGAUAUAAUAUUUUAUGGAUUGUGUUAACAGGGAAAUCUUCGAUAAAGUUGUACGUUAUCUAACACUCUUUAUUUUUUAUUUUACAAGGAUAAUAAUUCAAAUAUAAAUACAAUGCAGAUUUAUUUGUUAUUGACAGAAUGUAAAUAUAAACAGUACUUAUAGCUAAUAAACGU